UGUCCAGUUAAAAAAAGAAAACAAUCAUGGCGGACUCAGAAGCUGUUGCUACUGUGUAUUUUGCUGUAAGCAACAUUCCUGUAGCCUUUCGCUCAGCGGAUCUGAGAAAUUAUUUCAGUCAGUUCAUAGAAAGCGGCGGUUUUCAGUGUUUUCAUUACCGACACCGACCGGAGGUUCUCAGGGAGUCCGGGGGCCCCGAAAACACAGAGUGUGGAGACGGCGAAGAGGGCACCUCCAAGUCGUCGGAGACCGACCAAGUAACAAACAACAGCUCUGUGAAGAAGCACACGGCGAAGACGUGCUGUUGUAUCGUUUCAGUUUAUGCUAAAGACGCUGACAGAUUCGCCAGGAUGUAUGCGGGGAAUCACUGGAUUAACUCGAAGGGGAACUGGCUUUCUAGACGUUGUGUUAUCAGAAGAGUAAAGGUUUCUAGUGGCAAAGAGGAGGGGUCAUUCCCCUAUAAAACAAAAUAUGAGCAGCGGCACCGGGUGUCUUUAAUGGAGUGUUUCACAGAGGCUGAUCUCAAAAGCUUAUCUGAGCUGAAUCCACCAGCUCUGAUGCAGAAUGGGAACGUGGGCACACCGGUGAAAGUCUUCCUACAGCUCAUCCAGUCCUGCCGACUGCCUCCACGCCUCAUCCGGAAGUUGGGCCUCACUUUCCCCAAGACCAGCUCCAACCGCCGUUACGGCAACGUACCUUUCCAGUAUCAGGAUACUUGGACACUUCCAGCCACGGAGGAAACUGUAUUAACAGCUGCUGGACAUGAAAUAUCAGGACCAGGCACUUUGGCUGCUCCACCCUCAGGACAGAAGCAGCUAGCUGAUGACACAGAAACGACAGAGACAGAUGAGCCACAGAAAGAACAGGAGGAGGAUGCACAGUCAAAUGCAGAUGAUGAUGAUGACUGCUGUGAGGAGUGGGAGCGCCAUGAGGCUUUGCAUGAUGAUGUAACGAGCCAAGAGCGAAGCAAAGAGAGGCUGUAUGAAGAAGAGAUUGAGCUGAAGUGGGAGAAGGGCGGCUCAGGCCUGGUGUUCUACACUGACGCCCAGUACUGGCAGGAGGAAGAAGGAGAUUUCGAUGAACAAACGGCAGACGACUGGGAUGUUGACAUGAGUGUUUACUAUGAUAAAGAUGGAGGUGACAUGGAUGCCCGUGACUAUGUCCAAAUGCGGUAUGAAAAUAGGCUGAGGGAUGGUCUUGAAGAUGGAUCUGGACACAAUAAGUCUAUUGGCAGCUUUGAGAGGUUCACUAAGGGCUUUGGCCGACGUUUGAUGGAAAAGCAGGGCUGGAAGGAUGGUGAAGGCUUAGGACACAGUCAGAUUGGGAUUCAUGAAGCCCUUGGGAGUGAGGGCCAACAUCCCAAUUGCAAAAGAGGCUUUGGGUAUCACGGAGAGAAAUUGAUCCUGCAUCCUGUAAAAAAGGCCAGAACAGAUUUUCAUAUUACUACAGUGUAUGAUAAACCCAAAAACAUAGAUGGAGGCGACACUUUGCUGAGACGACAACCAAACACUAGUAUGAAGUACAGAGGCUGGCAGCCAGGUGGCAGCAUUGGACUACGAAGAUGAUUUAAAUUAAAAUAUGAUUUUAUAGAUUUUGUACUUGCCCUUUUUGUCUGACAGUGCUAAUAAAACAUGCUUCAAACCUUUCA